CCUAUAGAAGACUAGUUUGUCUUAUACUUCUCUUGGGUACAGGGGCUAAUUUGAUGUCACACAAGUGGAGUGCGCCAUUCAUAGCACACGCGCUCUCCCUAGCGCACAACACGUUACAGAUACUUAACAAUAAAUAAUUAUUUAACUAAGCAUUAUAAAAGUGUUUGUUUGAACAGAUGUGAAAGUGUUUCGUUUUAUUUUACAUUGUGUAUGAGGUGAUUCACCGUGGGUGACAAGCGAAUGUUACAAUUUAUAGACGUUUUCUUUGAGAUUCGCAUUCGCAAACUGCACAUUAGACACAAUAAAUUUGAAAAAUGAGCGUAAAAUAUGGUGCAACGGAUGUGGAUAGAAAAACUGAAGAGACCGACAAAGAAGUAGCCACUGAAGUUGAAAUUAACUUGAGUGGGUCGUUCAAGAGAAAAUGGUGGCGAGUCAGUCAGCACCUACUUUUUGGCCUAGGCCAUGUUUACAACGACCUGUGUGCAGCCAUGUGGUUCUCCUACAUGAUGCUGUUCUUCCAGGCAGUGCUGGAUAUGAGGGCCGUGGUAGCUGGUGCUAUGCUCCUCUUAGGACAAGUCAUCGACGCGUUAGCUACUCCAGUUGUGGGCGUGUUAGCUGACAGAUUCGGAAGCCUAAAGGCUUGGCAUUUAACUGGUUGCGUGCUAGUGACGUGCACAUUUCCCCUGCUGUUCGUGAGAUGUUGGGGUUGCUGGGUGACGGACGACCCCGACUACCUGCAGUGGUGGAUGCCGAUCUACUAUGGGGUCCUCAUCGUAGUCUUCCAGAUCGGCUGGGCCGUUGUACAGAUAUCUCACCUAGCAAUGAUCCCUGCUAUAUCAGAUAACCUUCAAGUACGCGCCGAUUUAACGUCUAUCAGAUACAUGGCAUCAGUAACGUCAAGCUUGGCUGUAUAUCUGAUAACGUGGGUUGUACUGAGAGCGAGCAACUACAGCACGUUCAUUGGACCCCUGGAUGACUACAAAUUCAGGGAUGUGUCACUUAUAAUUUCUAGCAUCGGUAUAUUAUCAUUUCUGCUAUUCCAAAUAUUCUUCAAAUUAAAAUCGAAAAAAGAAGCUAAGGCGAAUGGUCACGCAGUGAAUAAUGGAACGGCUACAUUACCAAACGAAGAAAAUGGAACCCUCGAAGUGGCCAAGUCGAAGAUUAUGUAUUUUCUACGCAUGCCCCUGUUAUAUCAAACUAGUUUAUUAUACGUAUUUUCCCGGUUAUACUGGGCUCUGAGUCUAGUCUACGUACCACUGUUCCUGGAAGAGCGUCUGGUCUUCAACCCAAGUGCUGGGUCAGAAUUGGUGGCCAGUGUUCCUCUAGUCCUAUACAUAUCUUCAUUUUUCUUCUCAUUACUACUGAAGAGUAGAAUAAAUAGAUUUGGGAACCAGAUGGCGUAUCUAAUAGGAAGUUUAUUAAGUCUGUUAAGCUGUCUUUGGAUAGCACUGGCUAUAGAUCCACAUGCUAGUAUAGUACAAAUAUACAUGGUCGCUACAUUAAUUGGUGCAGGUAGUUCAAUAACGCUGGUGUCCAGUCUGUGCGUGACUGCGGACCUGAUCGGGCCGCAUUCCCACCAGGGCGCUGCCAUUUACUCCAUCGUCACGUUCGCAGACAAACUUGUGACGGGCAUCGCUGUCGUCGCUAUUGAAAAUUACAAAUGUGAAGAUGAAACAGAAUGUCCACAAUACUACAGAGGAGUCCUGACAUACGCUUGUGGAGGGAGCGCAGUCCUGGGCAUGAUCUCUUUGUCUUUUGCUAAAUUUUUACCAAAGCUUAAAACGACUACUGAAUUAUAAAAUUUCCUACGAUGGCAUUUGUUUACUAUUUAUUUCUAGGGUUUCCAUUGUGUACAUACAAAACUUAUUUUUAAGGUCAUGUACAGAAAGCAAGCUAGAAGCCGGCACUGGUCCAUUCUGGUUACAUCAACUGGUCAACAGUUAGAUUUGCUUCACGUUGCUAGCUUUGUGUGUUUGUUACCAGAAUGGACCAACGCCGAUAAGCGCUGUACACCCUUACAUACAGUGUAAUGUAGCAAUAAUAAAAUAGGUAAGUAUUUAAUUAAAUAAUAGUAGGCACCAUCCAAACUAUAUCUUAAUUUUUAAAGUAACAAAUUGUAGGUCUUGUCAUCUUGUGAUAAUUAUUGCCCCAAACACCGUGAUAAUAUGUACCUAACUCAGCCUGGGUUUUAUAAUUAAACAAUAAAUGCAUUUUAGACUGGU